UGAUUUUAAUUGUACAUAUAUUUAUUAUAUAGUUAUAUGCAGACGAUCUUAUGUAGGUGAUAUACAUACAUAGGUUAAUUAUAACAUCGUAUUCUCCAGAAUUUGUUCGCGUUAAAAAAUGUAACGAUAACCGAAAAGAAUUCGACAAAAGUUUGAAUACAAGAAUUUAUAUAAUUUAUUUAAUUUCUAUGACCAUAAAAAGACAAUACUUAUAACAUUUAUAUUCUUGAAGUUAAACAAACAUUGUUGAAUCUUUAACAAUAAACAAAUUUUAAAAAAAGAAUUGUGUUAAGAUAAAGUCACUUACUUUGAGAACCAAGUUACCGUAAAAAAGAACAAAUCGUUAAAUAAAAUUGUUUCAACAAUCGAAAAGAGCUACACUUUCAUGUAUUAUUUGCUAAAUGGAACGGUUAUAUGAUUUCUCAUUAACCCUCAUCUAUUCUGCGUGACUUUGGACUAUCGCACACAAAUUAACACAGCUAUAGUAUAUGCAUAGCAAACCGUCUGAUUGAACGAGCAUCGAUUAAGUCACCAUAUUCAUUUACGUAACAUGCUCGUGGUCCAGACGGUCUUAUUGACCUUUAUUUAACGCAGCUACAAUAUAUCAAUUUGUGUAUGAUAGCCCUUUCUGUUUGAUAUAAGAAUCAUGUUUGAUAUGCAAGAAGAUUAUAAUUUACCUCUAUUUUUUUCUUGCUUUUAUUUUUACUUUAAAUUUUUUUUUUUAAUUAUAAUCAACUUAAGAGAUAAUCAACUUAAUGUUUUUAUAUAUAAUUAUGCCAGUAUAUAUGAUCGUAAAAAUUCUAGAAAGCAUUUUGAGCAAACCAGCAUCUCCCAGAGCAUUUGUAGAGUUCCACAAUGGAUUCCUAAAUGAAGAAAACGACAUUUUUGUGACAUUCAGAUGGAAUCAACCUGAAUUUACAGACGAAGUAAUACAAGGAUAUACAGUGCAGUGUUGGUUCAUCAAGAACCAAAAAGAGAUUCAAAUCUGUAACAACAAAAGUAUCUCACCUACAAUAUUGGAGUGCACGGUGCACCAUCUAAAAUCUAACAUGAUAUACUACUUUCAAGUACGAGCGCAUACUAAAGUUGGUGCUGGCCCUUAUACAGAUUUAAUUAAUGUAUCAACUACGCAUGAAAAUCCAAUACCGCAAUUAUUGAUGGUAACGAAAGAAGGUAUCGAUAUACGGGAUCUGGAUUCAAAAAUCAACGUUAAUUUAGUUAAGGAUAUGAAAGUGACAAGUGCCAUUUAUUCGAGAGUGGAACAUAAAAUUUAUUGGAGCAACGAAGAGAGAAAGCUAAUGAUGUUAAAGAUAAAUAAAAACAAUAUUACAAAAACAGUUAAGCUUCAAAAUAUUGCGCGCAAUCUCUGCAUUGACUGGGUAGCAAGAAAUCUAUAUUGGAUAGACUUAGACAAGUUUCAUAUUCAUAACGCUAUUAUAAAGCUCGACUUAACAAUGUGGGAAAAUGGCAUAGUCAAAUACGAUAAAGUUUUGAAAUUAGAGCCCUUUUUGAGUAAUGCCGAUUUAAUUUUACUGCCGUCUAUAGGGUACGUUAACUUAACUUUAUAUUGGACAAACACUAUCGGUUAUGAUCCUCAAACAAUGCAAUCGGAUCUUGAUGGAAAGAACGCUCGAAUCUUUCAGGAAAAUAGAUCCGUCAUGACAAGAUUUAGAUUCAUGAAAAUUGACAUAAAUACUAAGAAGCCGCUAAUUUACUGGCUAAGAAUGAAAGUGGGUCAAUUACACGCUAAAGUUGUUUUGGCAUUGCUUCUGCGCGAUUACGAGAUGUGGCAAACCAAAGAAAACGAGAGUUUUCUGGAUCCACGAUGA